AUAUCCACAGAUGAUUGCUCAUGUAAAGAGACCAGUGGCGCCUACCAAUUCCCAGAAUGUGAUAUUACAUAGAAUAUACCUGUUCCUUGGAUUAUGUUUAUUUACAUUGGUGUUCUACUUCUCUUACAUUGAGCCUAAGAAAUAUGCAACUCCUGAAGCCCUGUUGUCAUCUCUGCACACUCCAAAUGAUUCUAGUAAAAUUGAGAAGGUUUGUCCCAACUUGGUGCUGUUCUUGACCGACGAUCAAGAUGUUGUGUUGCUGGGAGCCGAGCACAUGACUAACCUGCGGGAGCUACUCGUCCGACAAGGAACCGUCCUCUCCAAUGCUUAUGUUGACACUCCUCUCUGCUGCCCCAGCAGGUCAUCCAUCUUGACUGGUCGUUAUGUGCACAACCACGGCGCCAUUAACAACUCUCUCGAGGGCCACUGCAGUGACCGCGUCUGGCAGAAUGGGCCUGAGAAAGCAACGUUGGCAGUGCACCUACAGAUUGCGGGCUACCGUACUUUUUUCGCGGGCAAAUACUUGAACCAGUACGGCAGGGCGGAGAGCGGAGGUCCUGCUCAUGUACCCCCAGGUUGGCAUUGGUGGCAAGGCCUGGUCGGCAACUCCAGGUACUACAACUACUCGCUGUCCAUCAACGGCAGCGAGGUGUGGCACGGCGAUCACCCCGACGCAGACUACCUCACCAGCGUCAUCGAGAAGCAGGCCCUGCAGUUCCUCGCCUCGCUGCCGCCCAAGAGUCACGACCUGCCACAACACGAGGCUCCCUUCUUCAUGAUGCUGUCCACGCCGGCGCCCCAUGCACCCUUCACGCCUCAGCCGAAGUAUGAGGACAAAUUUCCAGAUUUAAAGGCUCCUCGAACUGCGAACUUCAACGUGAGGAAUGACGGCACCAAGCACUGGCUGCUGAGACUCGGUGAGCAGCCUCUACGUGAAGAGCUUCUCGACAAGGUGGACGACAUUUUCAGGAAUCGGUUAAGAACGCUCCUUUCUGUCGAUGACAUGCUGAAGAAAAUAGUGGAGUCCCUGCAUGAAAAAGAAUUGCUGGAUGAUACUUACAUAAUUUUUACGUCAGACAACGGCUUUCAUCUCGAUCAGUUCUCCCUGCCUUACGACAAGAGACAGCCCUACGAGUUUGAUAUCAGAGUUCCGUUUGUUAUACGCGGUCCUGGGGUGGGCAAAGGCGUUACUCUGCCUCACCCCAUCAGCAACGUGGACCUUGCACCCACAUUACUGAGUUUGGCUGGCGUCGCGGUACCAAAGGAUAUGGAUGGUGUCUCCUUGAAAUCUUUUUUAUUACGUCAUGAGGUUAAGGAGGGUGCCUCAGAGUUGCGUUCUAAGUCUCCGUCGCUUUGGCUUGGCAGCCGAACCCUCCUGGUGGAGCACUCCGGGGAAGGGUUUGCUCGCACCGACGGAGCAUGCGGGCACCUCGGGCCAGGGAUGUACGGCUGCGAUCCUGAGUUCGACUGCAAAUGCACGGACUCCUGGAACAGCAGCUUUGCCUGUGUGCGCCAGAUCCGUUUGGUGUCCGAUGAUGCUAUUUAUACUUCGAAUGACGCUUCGGUGUCUGAUAUUAACAUUCAGAAUAGUUCACGGUCUCGACUGAAAGAAGAUCAGGACGAUCAUUCAAAAGACUCGGGAACAACAAUAACUCAUAAGCACCAAAAACUCAAAGGGAGAACUACAAUAUAUAGUGAGCCUGGUAGCGUCAGGACGGCGAAGGACGUGGUGUUCUGCAGGUGGCAGGACCAGGAGGAGUUUGUCGAGUUCUACGACCUCAGCGAAGACCCCAGCCAACUGAUGAACGCGGCGGGGCGGCUCAGCGCCGAACAGCUGUUGUACUACCACGCACUGCUGGACGCUCUGGUGCGGUGCUCGGGGGCAGCAUGCCAUGUGGCAUGAGUGUCUUGUGGCGUGAUGGUUAGUCUUGUGGCGUGAUGAUCUGUGUCUUGUGGCGUGAUGGUCAGUGUCUUGUGGCGUGAUGGUCUGUGUCUUGUGGUAUGAUGGUUAGUGUCUUUUGAUUGAUUAUUUGUAUUUUAAUGAUAUCUGUAUCGAUGCUCCUCUACGAAUUUUUUAAUUCAAUCUGAAUUGGAAUGUAUGUUUGCAGUCUCUGCCCAUCAGAUGACAUUAAAAACUUUUUACAUUUUUUUGUCAAACUGAUUUAAAGCUUGUUCAUCUAUAUCAAAAUCAAUCAGAAAACCCUAAUUGUUAUGUUUGUUAAGAACAUUUUAUUAAUGACAAUAUUUCAAUUGUUCAUAGAUUAAUUGCUAAUUUUCAGCCAUGUUAUUUCUAAAUGUGGUGCAGGCUGUCGAAUCUGAUGCUCUCUUUUGCCAUAUGUUCUGUCGGCCAAUAUCAGUCAGAUACUUUCAGAUUUUAAUUAUUUCGUAAAACUUGGGGCGAUAACAAUAGUCAUUUGUCCGAGAGCUGCUUUAGAUGUUAUUUAUAUACUCAUAAGGCCACCGCUUGUUUCUGGAACAAGCUUUUGUUAUAACGGCUGAACGGUCAGGUUUAAAGAAAUGUUCCGCCUUAUGCUACGUUGGUCCUGAAGACAAAUGUGGUCUUACUUAUUGUGUAAGAAAUUUCUUAAUAAACUACUUAUUGGAUAUACUUACGUUAGAUAUGAUUUUAUAAGUUCUGACGUCUUGAGAUUAAAUCAUGUUUUGUUAUGUUAUUUAUAGCACCAAUGAAUAGGCUUCUACCGACGAAUCCCUCAACUGAAUCUAUCUGCUUAUGUAAUUUGAAUAUUCUCUCAAAUAGACACGAUAUUUUUGCAUAUUAAAAUAGGGCUUAAAUUUAAAAUAGUUUCCUGAAUCCCGCCAAGAACAAUCACCUCCGUGAGUUAGGCUGACGUUGAAGCUCCUCUGUCGUGUCUAGUCACAGGAGUGAUCUUUUUCUUCUUAGUUGUCGAGAAUUAUUCUAAUAAAUAAGAAAAUCUUCGAGCGCGUGGUUUACAAUUUUAUGGUGCAAAUGUGAACUUACGUUGCGAGCAGCAGUGCCGUUCGUCUCUACUCCUUGAGAUACUCAGGCAAGUCAGUUAAUUUUCUAAGAUGCUGCAGCAAAUAUGCCAUUUUGUGGACGGCCUUUGCUUUAGAAAGUCAUUUAUUAUUUGGUGUUCAGAGAAAGGCGUGGCACUUCUUCCGUCUAGCAACGCACUUUUUGUUGCAUGGGUCAUCCUGAUGCAGUUUAUUCCGAAAAAAGUGCGUAUCGGUGCUACGAGGAGAAGUUGUGUCACUAUUUGCAUUAUUUGACCCAUUCAUUCAUGUGAGUAUUCUCAAGCAUCGCUGCUGGGCUAUGUUAAGCUGCUCGGCCAUUAUGCUUAUUGUUAUUUUCAGUUUAUGUAAGCUGUGAAAUUUGUUGAAUACUUGUUUAUUCCUGAUAUAGUGUACCUAUGUGUAAUUAAGUUGAAAUGCACGGCGGCAGCUGAAUGUUUAUGUGUGUGCGUGUUGAAACUUAUGUCAAGUGGAGAGCUUCGCUGGACACUCCACCUUCUCAUCUCUGAAUAUUAUUUCCUAUUUUUAUAAGAUAAAUAUUGACCUGUCCGCAUGGCUGAAGUGAAGUAAAUAUGAAUAAAUUAG